AUGGCUCUCGGGGACUGCUGGAAGAACUUGUCGUGGUUCUACCGCCAGUAUCUUCUAGUGACAGCUCUAUACAUGUUGGAGCCGUGGGAGAGAACCGUCUUCAACUCGCUGCUGGUCAGCGUGGCUGGUAUGGCAGUGUACACGGGUUACGUCUUCAUGCCCCAGCACAUCAUGGCCAUCCUGCGCUACUUCCAAAUGGUCCAGUGA